GCAUCAUGACAGCCCACAGAGAGAAAGCCACGUUUGAAUGAGUGCCGGUGAAAGCUGAACAACGGUUCUGACUUCGGUGCAGCCUGACUUUUAAUUGUACUUGAAUUAACAAUUUAACAAGUUAGACUAGGCUACUCAAAUUUUGGACAUAAUAUGGCCAGAGGGGAAGGGGCUGAGCAAUAUUCAGCUACAAGUUUAUUACCACCGAAACCAGGACAAGAUGAUGAAAUUAAAAUCGCUAAGAGGGAACAGAGAAGGGACCAUUUGUCAAUCUGCAGCAAGAUCUGCUACGCCAUCGGCGGUGCCCCUUAUCAGAUCACGGGCAGCGCCCUCGGUUUCUUCCUGCAGAUCUACCUGUUGGACGUGGCACAGUUGGACCCGUUUUAUGCCUCCAUCAUUCUGUUCGUGGGUCGGGCAUGGGAUGCUAUAACAGACCCAGUUGUCGGCUUUCUCGUGAGCCGGAGCCAAUGGACUCGUUUUGGACGCAUGAUGCCUUGGAUCCUGAUCUCCACUCCAUUCGCUAUAAUGACGUACUUCAUGAUCUGGUUCGUUCCUCCGGUGGAGCAGGGGAAGGUGAUCUGGUAUCUGGUCUUCUACUGCCUCUUCCAGUCCCUCCAGACGUGUUUCCACGUGCCGUACUCUGCCCUCACCAUGUUCAUCAGCUCGGAGCAGAAGGAGCGAGACUCUGCUACUGCCUACAGGAUGACAGUGGAGGUGUUGGGCACAGUGCUUGGCACUGCCAUCCAAGGCCAGAUAGUGGGUGGCGCGGUCGCCCCCUGCAUCCGAAACAACCUGGAGGACCUGAACUCUACUCUGGCGUCAGAGGUCAACAUAUCGGGCAUCUCCCUGAAUGACACUAAACAAGCCUACAUGAUUGCGUCAGGAGUCAUCUGCAUCAUCUAUGUACUCUGUGCCAUUGUGCUAUUCAUGGGAGUCAAAGAGCAAGAAGAGAGUGGGCAUCUAAAGGCGGACCGCCGCAUGUCAUUCUUUGAAGGGCUGCGUAUGGUGCUUAGCUUCGGGCCCUAUAUCAAGCUGGUCAUGGGCUUCUUGUUCACCUCACUGGCCUUCAUGCUCUUGGAAGGAAACCUCGCUCUGUUCUGCACCUACACUCUUGGACUGCGGGAAGACUUCCAGAAUGUUCUGCUGGCUAUUAUGCUCUCUGGCACCGUUUCUAUCCCAUUCUGGCAGUGGUUCCUCUCACGCUUUGGAAAAAAGACUGCCGUCUACUUUGGCAUCACGUGGGCUGCGCCCUUCAUGAUAAUAGUCAUCUGCAUCGAGCCUAAUCUGUAUGUGACAUACGUGGUGGCGGUGGCAUCUGGUAUCAGUGUAGCAGCAGCCUUCCUUCUCCCAUGGUCAAUGUUGCCAGAUGUUGUAGAUGACUUCAAAGUGCAAAAUCCAGAUACUCACGGCCAUGAAGCCAUUUUCUACUCUUUCUACGUUUUCUUCACCAAGUUUGCCUCUGGAGUUUCUCUGGGCGUCUCUACCCUCAGCUUGGAUUUCGCCGGGUACCAGACCAGCGCCUGCACCCAGCCAGACUCGGUGAAUUUCACACUGAAGAUGCUGGUGGCUCCUGCCCCUGUGGUUCUCAUCUUCGUGGGCCUCAUCAUAUUCAAAACGUACCCAAUCACGGAGAAGAGGAGGCAGGGAAACCGCAAAGUGUUACAAGAGCUAAGGGACAGUGACCAGGAUUCACAGACAGACUCUACAGAGCUGGGAAACAUUGUCUAAGGAACAAAGGGAAUAUUACAUACUGUUUUUCACACGCACAUACAUUACCACGUCUGCAUGUGUUAGUACACACACAAACCUCAAAGGUCACCACUUUGUGACUGUUCAUCUCGGCUGUCAAGAGUUUAAGGUCACCUUCAACGGCUGCCAUGGCUAUGCAUUGAGGUAUUCAGCGGGAGAUUUAAAAAAAAAAUUGAAGAAAAGUUCUGUCAAUGCCGAGACUACAGUCUCCACAUCUGUGACAGUGUCAUCAGCCAAAACAUGGGAUGCUCGUUGGAAUAAGCUCAUCAAUCUUUUAUUACAAGUACAAAUGAAAGGAUGGUUUUACCUGAUCGACGACUUGUGUUGUUACCAAAGCAAGUCGUCACAAGCACAAACCCUAUGAAUGCACAAAUGCAGCAGCAUUUACAAGCGUGUGCCUGUUUGUUAUUUCAUUUUAAGCUUUGUAUGCAGAAUACACCUCACGAGACGAACUAAACUUCCGUUUUUGUUGCAGGUUUACCUGUAGUGGUACAAGCUCACUAAAUUCCUUGAAUUAAAACAGCUAAAAGCAGUUACAUGUAAAAUAGUAUUUAUAUGAAGCAAGAUAACAUUGUACUGUGAUGGUCAAUCUUGAGUAAGGAUUGUCAUUUAUUUAACAUUUGGACUAACACCGUCAGAGUGAGCUGCUUUGGCAGCUUCUUGUGUGUGCCCAUCAUGGUUGGUGUUUCAAAGGUGCUAUUGUCAUUUCAAUCAUUUUGAUAUAAGGCUGUGAAUUUGUUUGUAAAUAUAUGUAGAUGUACCGUCUCUCUGUGUCUGGUAUCCAGUUGUUGACGGACUUUGAGAAAAAAAAAAAAAGAACACUGGAGACAUUGUCAGGCGACUGUGAUGUACGGUGAUAUUUGUUUUAUGAUACUGUAAAAGGUUUUUUGGAGAAUAACUUUAUUGCCAGAGAGAUUUUUGCACAUUUAAAUGAGGUCAUGGGCAACACAUUUUUCAGACACCUACCUGCUUAUGUUGCCAUUCAUGGACUUUAAAAUGCAUGUUUUUUGGGAAAGUAUGUUUAAACCUUUGAUGUAGUUUUAUUGCUGCAGCUUUGUGUUGUACUUGUGAUGGCAAAUCUUUAUGGUUUACUUUUGCAGUAACUGGAACAUUGUAUUAAACUGAUUUAGGCCUUUAUCUGCCUGCAAAGGCAACCAAACAACAAAAAAUGGCCUAGAUUCUGAAAAUAUGUAUAUGUGUAAAUACUUUAAGUUGUAAAUACAUUCAGUGUUAUGUAGAUUAAGUUUGCCGUAAAAGAUGCUGCUAAGUCCCGGUACCGGACAGUUGGGUUGGGUACUAACUUGUAAUGAAAUGAAAAUGUUUAUGAUUUAAAUGAAAAAAUAAAAUAAAUACUAAUAUAAA